AUAGUAUCACAGGGGGAGGGGAUGCUCAUUGACAGUUCAUCUCCUUCCUCCUCCACAGACCGACUUGAAGGAACCAGAAGCACGAAACCUAGCCGCCGUGUUGCAGAGUCGCGAUCGCCUUCCGGAUCGCCGAGGCGGAAACUGAUCGGAUCGGGAUGAGCUACCAGCAAGUUCCCCCUCAAGAUCCCUACCCACCACCAGGCUACUCGCACCCUUACCCUCCUCCACCGUAUGGGGCUCCCCCGCCGCCCCCCGGAGGAGGAUACGGAUACCCGCCCUCAGCACCACCUCCCCCCGGAGUUUACCCUCCUCCCCCUCCUCCUGGAUAUCAAGGUUACUUCUAUGAAGGCUACCCUCCCCCGCCCCCUCCCCCAUCCCGUCCUUACUAUCACCACCACGAUGAUGCUGGCGCCUCUUUCUUAAAAGGAUGUCUUGCUGCUCUUUGUUGCUGCUGUGUGCUGGAAGAGUGUUGCUUCUGAAAAUAGUGUAAAUCCAAAGAUGCUCUGCCGAAAUCACUAUUGUCUUGCUUAGUACUUGUGCUAUAUAAAUCUCUUGAUACUGGUUUCUUGUUGAGAUGAUUACAGCUUGGUGCUACUAUUAAAAAUUGGUGGCUGUGCUUCUGGAAAUAUUGGUUCCUCUAUUAUGCCCUACUUGUGUGCCCUCAUAAUUUGCAACUAGCAUUAAGACUUCUAUUCUGUAAUUGCAUAUUUAUCAGGAUAACACACUUUGGAUGGCCA